AUAACUAGUAGGAAUAAAUGAAAGAGGAGAAUAGUCAUAUUAUGAUCAUACAGGAGCCAUUGCGCUUCUAGCCAUUCACGUACAAAGUAAGGGAGCUUCCAACCCAAGAAUCCCAUUUUCCUCCUGGAGAAAUUUUUUCCUCAUUAUAUGAUUCAUGGUAAUCCAGGCCAGCGAAAGGAGUGGAAAAUCGAAAUCAGGGACUGUGUUUUGAUCGGAGGAUGUGGGUGUUUUAUUUGAUAUCUCUGCCGCUGACGGUGGGGAUGGUGGGGGUAACGCUGUGGUACUUCAUGGGUCCAGACGUCGCGCGCUACGUCCGCUUCACCGUUGGAUACACCUGGUUCUGCUCCCUCUCCAUCGUCAUCCUCGUCCCCGCUGAUAUCUGGACUGCAAUUACCAACCAUGACAUGGGAGGUAUCUCUUUCUUCUGGAGCUUGUCAUAUUGGAGUACAUUUUUACUCACUUGGGUUGUGGUGCCUAUAAUUCAGGGUUAUGAAGAUGCAGGGGACUUCACUAUCAGGGAAAGACUAAAGACCAGCGCUCAUGUAAACCUAAUCUACUAUUCAUGUGUCGGUUCUAUUGCGCUCUGUGGGGUUAUACUGCUCAUUAUUUUGCACAAGAACUGGGGUGGCAGUAUCUUAGGUUUUGCUAUGGCCUGCUCAAACACAUUUGGUCUUGUGACUGGAGCUUUUCUUUUAGGUUUUGGUUUGAGUGAAAUUCCAAAAGGUAUCUGGAGAAAUGCAGAUUGGACAUUACGUCAUAAAGUCCUGUCUCAUAAAGUGUCUAAAAUGGCUGUUGAACUUGAUGAUGCUCAUCAAGAAUUUUCAAAUGCAAUAGUUGUUGCUCAAGCAACAUCAAAACAAAUGUCAAGGCGUGAUCCUUUGAGACCAUACAUGAAUAUAAUUGAUGACAUGUUGGUUCAGAUGCUCAGUGAAGAUCCUACAUUCAAACCUCAAGGAGGAAAAUUAGGGGAGACUGACAUGGAUUAUGACACUGAUAGCAAAACAAUGGCGGCUCUCAGACGUCAACUGCAGAAAGCUCGAGACGAGUACUACCGUUAUAAAAGCGAGUAUGUGAAUGUUGUCACAGAAGCCCUAGAGCUAGAGGACACUGUGAAGAAUAAUGAUUAUUGUAGUUCCAAUGGAUGGAAAUAUGUAUCAAGUUUCAGACCUGAACGUAAAGGCAGACUAGGGUCUUAUCUUGAUGUCAUUGAAUUAUUAUGGCGAUGCAUUUUAAGAAAACAACUUGAGAAACUUUUGGCUAUCAUAUUGGGUUGCAUGUCGGCUGCAAUUCUCCUUGCUGAAGCCACUAUUCUGCCCAGUGAAGUUGAUUUAUCUCUGUUCUCGAUCCUGAUAAACAUUGUUGCGAAGCAUGAAAUGCUUGUGCAGGUUACUGCCCUUAUUCCUCUAAUGUACAUGUGUGUGUGCACAUAUUAUUCUUUAUUCAAAAUCGGAAUGCUGACAUUUUACUCUCUGACUCCAAGACAAACAAGUUCGGUUAGCUUGCUUAUGAUAUGCUCGAUGGUCGCGCGCUAUGCUCCACCCAUUUCAUACAAUUUUCUCAACCUCAUUCAUCUUGACAACGGUGCCAAGACUAUAUUUGAAAAGAGAAUGGGGAAUAUUGACGACGCUGUCCCAUUCUUUGGAAAAGGGUUCAAUAAAAUCUAUCCACUUAUUAUGGUCAUCUAUACCAUACUCAUCGCGACCAAUUUUUUUGUUCGCGUCAUCAAUUACUUUGGUAACUGGAAAAUAUUCAGAUAUCAACAUGAAGAAUCAGACGAUUUAGACGGAUUUGAUCCAUCAGGAUUGAUAAUUUUGCAGAAAGAACGAAGUUGGCUUCAACAAGGACAUAAAGUCGGUGAACUUGUUGUUCCCCUGGCAAGAAGUUUCAGCAAUGCAACCAUAGAUCUUGAGUCUGGCAGCCAUGGCAUGGUUUCACAUAGACUACAAGCAUCAAGAUUCUUUGAGGAGGAGGGAGAAAGCAGUCAGUCAGAACCUCUCAACUCAUCGUCACAUAAACACAGUACAAUCAAAAUGCAGCUGGGCAUGAGACCUCUACCUACCAGACAUGAAACACACUUCAAUCCAACCAAAAGAGACUCUUACUCGACCGAUGCAGAAACCGACGUCCUCAUGCUGGGAAAACCAUCUUCUGCAAUAGCCUCCACCUGGGAAUCGAUGAAGAUUGGUUUCCGCAAUCUCAAAUCCAGUGUCAACGCAAACAAAUUUAUCCCCCUUAGCCAAGAUGAUGAUAGCCUAUACUCCUCCCGUCUUUCGUCUUCUGAAUCCCUCGAUGAAAUAUUUAUGAGGAUUAACCGGCAGGCUGCAUGACACCAUGCGAUUCCUAAUUUGAAUGACAAUGAUAGCUGAUAAUGCAACCGGUAUUGAGGCCGGGCACGAGCAGAUGAUGACUGACUGUAGAUUGUCUUGACAGAUAUCUGACAUUGUCAAUUGGUUGUAGUUUUUGUUUGAUUAAUCAGCUGAGAUGGCCCUUCCUCAGAAGUAUGGAUGGCAAUCUGUGUAUUAUACCAACUGCGAAUAUACAGUAUAAUA